UCUGGUGAAAUACCCGAAGGUUGGGCCUGUCUCACGGGCUGUCGGAACUUGGACAGAGCCUUGAAACACCGACCGGGCGAUUGUCCCACCGCGAUCCCUGAUGGAAGCCUGCCAUUCCAGGAUCCCAAGGAAACCUCGACUCCGGGCGCCGACCAUUGGCUUCCUGCUGGCCCUGACGACGGUUCCGCUGGCAUCUCCAUGUGCGCAAUCGACCAAAAUUGCCCAGAUGAUUUGAAAUGCUGUAACGAACAGUGUGUGCGGCCAGAAUUUGGAAAAGGUGUCCCAGGUCUGGUUGCAGCCCCACAGAUCGUCGAGGAGGGAAAACCCCGAGCUUUCGAGCUCUCCUGGAAUGCUGACAUGGGCGAACGAGACCCUCUCAGUGAUCCGGUAAUCUAUCUCCUACAAGUGCGCACAUACUUCGGUCCUGAAUUCGACCCUGUACAGGCGGGCGAGUGGAAAACAUUAACUAUGGUUAGUGAAUAUCCCACUACAAUUCCGGGCGCUAGACUGAGUGACCCUGAUGUUGGCUGGUGGUACCAAUACCGGAUAGCAGCCGUCAGUCCACAGGGCUCGCGUGGUUUCGGCGACUCUUCACCACCAGUUCGAAUGACUAAUCAACUGCCCAAGCCUGCCUCGCCUCCUCGUCAGCUGACCGAUGAUAUCUGGCGUCUGCACGCUGAUGGCAGUGUGCAAGUGCGCCUACAGUGGCAACCACCACUGACAGCCUCUAUUCCCAUCACGGAAUACCACGUACGUUUGGCAUGCUCCAGUCCGUUGGGCGUCAUAAAGUUUAAUCUUUCCGCUUCCUGCUCUGCUGAGUUCCCACAGGCCACCUUUACGACUGUGAUGCGGCAUGUAACCGUUUGGUUCAUGAAUCGGGCAUCCAUUCUGUCCACAUCGGGAACCCUCUCCAGCAUACGUUUCCUCACAUUACUUCAGCGGAUGGUAUCUUGGGCUGCUGAGGAGAACGAGCUAACUCCGCAUGGUAUCUACACCAAGAAUUCGAAGCCCUUCCGACAUAUUGUUCCGGGGAUGUGGGCGGUGUGUGCAUGGGGACCGGAAAGUCUCGUUUCGAAUCCGGCCACCCACUUCAUAAGAACACCAAAUGUACCGAAGAAGGACAUCUUUCAUGCUGGUGAUAACAGACACUAUUCGGCCUCAAGCGAGCUCGAUUUGGUACAAGUUGGCGCCAGGGCCAGCAGAAAAGAAGCCUUCUCUUCUGAAGCAGACGAUGAGGCGAUUCACGAGGCCGCGGAGACAUUCAAUUGUGAAUGUGAAGACCCCCGACGAAGCAACCGUCAAAAGAGUCGACUGUUCAUAACGUCCGGUUUCCGAAGCAUUCAAGUCGAUCAAAGCUCUGCUCCACACGAGACCGGUGGACUUAUUAUUCGUUUUGCUAACGAUCCGGGCGUUUUUGAUGGUCAAUUUCUGAAGACUUUCCUGACUAUCAAUGAAUUCUUUGAACCAAGGGGCCGAAAUCAAAUAAGGCCAGAUGAGCACUUUUCACCACGUCUACUUCACCUGAAGUGGAAGCCGGUCGCCUGCAUAGAAACCAGUGCCCAGGUCUCCAAGACGUUUGUCCCUCUGGAAGUCUCAGGAGCGAAUAUUGCAGGAAAAAGUUCUUCUGGCAACUAUUUUACCACUGAACAGAGCCGUUUCGUCGUCAUGGAGCCCGUGAGUACGUCCGGUCUUGCACCCGCCAGACUCAUCCGUUCUGGCCGCGUCGAGAUUUCUCCCCUACAACUCAAUUGCCACUACUCGGUCUUUGUGGUACCUGACGCUGAGGCCGCUAACCAGGGCAAAGCUGUCAAUGACGGCGGCGAUGGUGGUUCUCGCUCUACCCAUCCACCCAUUUCAGCCAUCCAAAUUGGCUGCCUGUGCACUCCGGCUUGUUUCGACGAUCAAUCCCUGCCCUGGGCUUCGCAUUUCAGUUGCAUAAACGAAGGUAGAUUAGUCAUUACCAGGAAAACUAUCAGGCAUCCCUCAGACUCAUCUAUUCCUUUAAACUUGGUGAACGAGAUUUUGAAUAUAGCAGAACAUCAGUGCAGCCAACUUGCAUAA